GACAGUACAGAUUCUGACAGUUCUAAACAAGCGCAAGUCACUGUAUAGGUGCUGUAUUCAAAGUGAAACAACAAAUUUUUAAAUAUUAACAAUGUCCAGAGGUAGCAGUGCUGGGUUUGAUCGUCACAUUACCAUCUUCUCACCAGAAGGUCGGCUUUAUCAAGUGGAGUAUGCUUUCAAAGCUAUUAAUCAAGCCGGGUUAACCUCUGUAGCCCUCAAAGGAAUCGACACGGCAGUUUGUGUAACUCAAAGAAAGAUCCCCGACAAGCUCAUCGAUGCCGGCACUAUCACACACUUGUUUCAAUUAACUGAAAGCUCUGGAUGUGUUAUGACAGGUAUGAUCGCAGACAGUAAAUCCCAAGUGCAAAGGGCGCGUUAUGAAGCGGCACAAUUCAAGUAUAAAUAUGGAUAUGAAAUGCCCAUUGAUGCACUGUGUAGAAGAGUGGCAGAUAUUUCUCAGGUUUAUACACAGAAUGCUGAAAUGAGACCACUUGGGUGUUCCAUGGUUUUAAUUGGAUAUGAUCCUGAAAUUGGACCAUGCGUAUAUAAAGCAGACCCUGCUGGCUACUAUUGUGGAUAUAGGGCUAUAAGUGUAGGCGCUAAACAGACUGAAGCAAACAGCUACUUGGAAAAGAAGUUGAAGAAGAAGCAGGAAUUGCAACACGAUGAUGUUAUUCAGUUGGCAAUCUCAUGUUUGUCCAGCGUUUUGUCGGUAGAUUUUAAACCCUCAGAAAUUGAGGUGGGAGUCGUCUCCAAAGAGGAACCCAAAUUUCGAAAACUUUCUGAAACGGAAACUGACAGACACCUUACUGCCAUAGCCGAGAAAGAUUAAUUCUUUAAAUGUUUAAAUAAUUUUGUAUACUAUAAUAAUAAAAUCAUUGUUAAAACUCA